CGUCGACUUCGACUGGUAGCCUGAAGGCCGCAUAGAACGCCAGCAACAUGCUCAUAGGGCUGUGCGGAGGAAUCUGCGCGGGCAAGUCCUCCAUCGCAUCGUACCUCGUCGAAGAGCAUCAAUUCAAGCGUAUACAGCUUGCACGCACGGCUGCAACACCUUCCGUCGAGAAGUCUGCGUCAAAUGUCCAUGUUCCGCCCGCCGAACUGAGCCCAAAUGACGCGCAAUACACUUUCCCAAACGUCGAUUCGCUGCUCGAAUUCGUGACACUGAGAUGGAGGGAGAACUGGGUCACUACAGACAUAUGGGACGAUAAAGUUGUCGAUGCGCUGCUCCGACGGCCCUUCUUCCUCCUUGUGAGCGUAGACGCACCCGUGAGCGUGCGAUGGCAGCGCUUCAAAGAUCGAUGCGCAUCCAGCCAGCUCACCCCGCCCUCUCUCGAAGCCUUCGUCCUCCGCAAUGACGAGCACCUCUUCGCGCCCGGUACCGGCCUGCAGAUCCUCUUCGAGCGCGCCCAACUCAAGCUGCUCAACUCGACCACCUCAAUCCCGUCGCUGCACGCCGCGCUAGCAGCCUUGAACCUUCCCAACGACGCCCGCCUCCGGCCGUCUUGGGACCAGUACUUCAUGCAGCUCGCGGACCUCGCUGCCCACCGUAGCAACUGCAUGAAGCGGCGUGUCGGCUGCGUGAUUGUGAGGGAAAAGCGCGUUAUAAGCACAGGCUACAACGGGACGCCUCGCGGCAUGACAAACUGCAGCGAGGGCGGAUGCCCCCGCUGCAACACCGCCGCGAAGGGCGGCGUCGACCUCUCCACCUGCCUGUGCCUCCAUGCCGAGGAAAACGCCCUGCUCGAAGCCGGCCGCGAUCGCAUCGGCGCCACGAGCAUCCUCUACUGCAACACGUGUCCCUGCCUGACGUGCAGCGUCAAGAUCACACAGGUGGGCAUCAGCGAGGUGGUGUAUAACCAGGGGUACAUGGUCGAUACGCAGACGGCAAGGAUCUUUGCAGAGAGCGGGGUGCGGUUGAGGCAGUUCAGCCCACCGAGGGAGGGCUUGGUAGAUUUGUCGGGUGGGUUGGACGGUGGGGAGGAUGGCGGUGUGGGAGAGGGGAAGGUGGGGGACGUGAGAGAGGUGUUGGGCGAUGAGGAGUUUGUGAGGCCGGUACGGUGACGUGGGAGAUGUGGGACAGGAAAGUAGGUAGAGGAAGAUACCCCAGCGCUGAUGCAUGGUUCUGCUCGCAAUAUCCACGUGUUGAUUGUAGUCUCACCGUUGGCAGCAGGCCUGCACUCGCUCCCCGUACAGCGCACGCGCUCUCUCAGACUCUGCAGCGGAUACCUUUAAG